AACUGCAUCCCGGCUUGUGUCGCGGCCGGCGUCGUCAGUCUCCCCGUCCUCACUUCCCGCUGCGCCAUUCCCGCGGAGUUCCGCCAGUGCGCGCACAUGUAUCUGCGCGGCGGUAACGCAAUCAGGGAGAAUGCCGCCGCGAGAACCGGCAGAUUCAGCGCGCACCGGGGGGAGCGGGGGGCGCGGAAGCGUAGCAGCGGCGUCGCUGAAGCGCCCGCCAGUGGGGCUGGGCGCGGAAGGCGCGCUGGCGGAAGAGUUAGCGGCGGAAGCGGUGGAAGACCUGCUGGGGGAAGGGGAGUCGGAAGGGGAAGAGGGAGCUCGCGCGGCAGUUGCUGACGUGGCAGGAUCUGAAUCCGACGUGGACCGACCCGUGGUGGAAACGCGCACCUGGCUGUGGCGCGGCCACACAAUAAGGUACCAAACCUCGGGCUCCCAAGGCCCGCCUGUCCUUCUCAUCCAUGGCUUUGGCGCCAGCAGCGACCACUGGCGGCACACGCUUAAAGCCCUGGGAGCAUCGGGGCACCGCGUGUUUGCGAUUGAUCUGCUGGGGUAUGGGUACUCGGAUAAACCCACUCCCAGCUACCGGAUCAAGAAGGAGAAGCAGCCGGAGCAGAAGGAGCAGGGGGGGGGUGCUGGUGCUGCUGCUGCUGCUGCUGGUGGUGGGAGUGGUGGCGAAUCAGAGUACACGUUUGAGAAUUGGGGGCAGCAGGCCGUUGACUUCAUUGACCAGGUGGUGGGCGAGGAGGCUUUCAUUGUGACCAACUCUGUUGGAGGAGUGGUGGGACUGCAAGCAGCAGCCACCCAUCCUUCUAAGAUCCUCGGUCUCCUCCUCCUAAACAUCUCCCUCCGAAACCUCCACAUUCGAAAACAGCCCUUGCUCGCGCGCCCCUUCGUCGCCCUCCUCCAAUCCACCCUCCGAUCCACCUCCCUCGGAGAGCAAUUCUUCGCCUCGGUCGCCACGCCUCGCGCCGUGCGUAACGUGUUACGCCAGUGUUACGGCGACCCGGCUACAGUAACGGACGAGCUCGUAGAUUUGAUUCUCAAGCCCGGGUUGCAGCCAGGGGCGGUGGAUGUGUUUCUGGAUUUUAUCUGCUACUCGGGCGGCCCGCUGCCGGAAGAUCUGCUGCCUAAAGUGCAGUGCCCUGUGCUGUUUGGGUGGGGCCAGGCAGACCCCUGGGAGCCAGUGGAGCAGGGCAGGACACUCAAGGACUUCCCCUGUGUGGUCGGUUUUGAGGAGUUUCCAGGGGUGGGCCACUGCCCUCAGGACGAAGCUCCCCACAUAGUCAACCCCCUUAUAGAGAAAUUCGUUUCCCAGUACAGCAAAGUAGCUAAAUGA